AUCAAGUACCUGCCAUCAAUGGUGGAUAUGAGCUUCAAACAGAGAUAUGUUUACAUAGAUGUUGGUGCCCGCAGCUAUGGUUCCAGCAUUGGUAGUUGGUUCAAGAAGCAGUACCCUAAGCAAAACAAGACCUUCGAGAUUUAUGCAAUUGAGGCUGAUAGAGCUUUCCAUGGAGAGUAUGCAUCCAAGAAAGGGAUUAAGUUGCUACCAUUUGCAGCUUGGGUUCGAAAUGAGUCCAUUUCUUUUGAGGUAAACCAUGAUCAGGACCCAAAGAGUGAUGAGAGAGGAAGUGGAAUAGGCAGAACCCGAGCUGCUGGAGCUUCUUCAAAUGACCUCUCCUCUGGCCACUUGCAUAUGAUUCAAGGUUUUGAUUUUGCUGAGUGGCUGAAG